UUUUAUUCCGUUUAAAAAAAAAAAAUCUAUAGUCAUCGUAAUCGGAUCUCUUUUCUUCUCGCACUAUUUUUGGAAACUAAAAUCCGGCGACUAUCAAAACCCUAAUAACCCUCACCACGGCGAUGAACAACGGCAACAUCAACGGCGAUUGCAGGUACGUGAUAUCUCAAAAUGCAUACAUUAAGCUCGUCCUUCAUUCCUUGAAACACAAAACCUCCGCCGUUAACGGCGUCCUUCUCGGCCGUCUCUCCGCCGGCGAUGUUGUUGAAAUCUUCGAUUCCGUCCCUCUUUUUCACUCUCCUCAGAUCGGAUUACUUCCUUCUCUUGAGAUCUCCUUACUUAUGAUAGAAGAGUAUUACAGUUCACAGGGACUGAGUAUCGUUGGUUAUUUCCACGCGAACGAGCGAUUCGACGAUAAUGAGCUCGGUACUGUUGCUAGGAAUAUUGCUGAUCAUAUCUAUCGUUAUUUUCCACAAGCUGCAGUUCUUUUGCUAGAUAACAAAAAACUUGGAGCUUUGCAAAACAAGAAGGAUACAGCUAUAGUAAUGCAGCUAUAUACACGAGACUCCUCAAAGAGCUGGAAGCAAGUUGAGUCGGAUGGAACCAAGCGGAUUACCACCAAGGAGCCAUCUGCCAACGUUGUCCUAUUGGAUUUUAUUUCAUCGGAGAAAUGGAAUGAUAUUGUAGAUUUUGAUGACCACCUUGAUGACAUAAGCAAGGAUUGGUCUAACUCGGAACUCUUCAAGUAACCUUCCAAUUUCUCUGAUUAUUGGCAAGCAAAGAUAGAUCAAGACCCUUAAAUGCGUCUUCCUUUUUCCAUCUUUUGUAACCUGUGUGUUUAUUUUUGGUAUAUCAGAGUUUUUUACUCGAAUGAGGAUUUAGCUUUUUAUGCCUUGUAGUUUGAACAGAACUUGCAUUAUGUCUUAAACGGGAGAUUGGUACUCUAAAAAAAGCUGACAAUCUGUUUUUCUA